CCGGACACAAACAGCGACAUUAGCACACGCACUCGUGCCAGUCCGAGUAGCUCGAGUAACUCAGACACGAUCUCCAGCACUGCUCUCGAUGCCGUUCACGCGUCCAAUAUUCGUAACAGGAGAAAAAGAGGCCGUUCAACUUCUGGAGAACGUCCUCUCAAGCACCGAAGUCUCGCAAAUUCUACGACGUGUACGACCGUAGACAUCGCUCAUGAUGAAGAAGGAGACGAAAUAGACGUGCAAGCCCCAGAGAUCAUCAAGGCAAACCUGUCAAAUAUGCCGGCUGACAUAGUUUUCGAGAUUUGUAGAUACGGAUCGCCGAAUGGACUAUUAAGCCUUGCUCGCACCUCUAAAAGCUUGCGCGAGAUUCUCAUGUCGCGUUCAAGCAUAACCGUUUGGAAGAGUAGUAGGCAGACAAUAUUCUUACCCAUCCCAGACCCACCCACCGUCGUUGCAGAGCCAAUGCUAGCUGCAUUGAUAUACGAUCAGUUUUGUUCUAAAUGUGUCCAGUCCACCCCUAAAGAGCCUUGUUGGUCGCUUCUUUCUCGCUUCUGUGACGAAUGCCAGCGCACAUGCCUCACCUCGCAGAAUGAUUAUGGGUUGAAGAAAAGUCGCACCGAAGAUACUGUAUGGCAAUUAGUCGCCUGUUGCGGGGAACCCACAUCGGGGUACGGAGUCCAAUACCAGCGCAAAGAUCUAGAUGGGACUAUCGCCCUCCUCUCAAAAUAUACACAAGCUGUCAUAAGGGGGAAGAGAGGAUCCAAGCGUGCAUUACAGAAAUUUGUCAGUGAAAGGAAAAAGGCCGUUGAAGCCUUGAACGAACUGGAUGAUCGCAUGAGAGCGUGGGUCAUCAAAUGCCGCAAGCUUCAGGCUGCCAGACUCAGAGCCAUCCGCGUUCGCUUCAUACAAGAACGCCACCCCGAUCGUGAAUUUAUCACCAAUGAGCUUCUUCUAAGCAUUGAGUGCGUCAAAUCAAUAAAACCUCUGUCGGAGGAAGAAUGGGUCGGUAUUUGCCCGAAGAUUUGCUUUCGCCUUCACAACGUUCGGAAGGAACGAGAAGUGGCUCAAGCUCAGAUCUGGAAAAACGCCAGAAUCGGAUAUCACUGCUUGUGCCGACAGAGGAUCCGUCCAUCGGACUGGUGCUGCCUUCCCUCCCCCGAACAUUUCCCUAACAGGCACUUCUAUAAACCUCCUCCCAAGAUUCCAAUUCAGAAGAUGAGCAUCGAGGAGCUCAUACCACCGAUCCUCGAGAAACUGAAACAGUGGGUCACAACAUACCAUUGUGACGAUGGCAUUUUUCUCCCGACGGCCCAUCAAAACCUGGUGAUGCAGCCCGAUGUAUGCGACGUCCUUCGGGAAUACAGCAAUGACGGCGCAGUGAGCCGCAAACUCACUCUCAACAUGGGCGCCCUCGAUCUCGCUAUAUCGGUUUUCUGGUCGGACCGUCAUGACGGUCCGAUACUCAUCUCCCGGGACGUCUGCCUUCGAAACAAAACGGCUUCCGAACACCCUUACUUUUGCCAGUGGGGGUCUAAAUCCGCGGAGGAAAUCAUCAGGCUAGUAAAAGAGGACCGGGGGAUAACUGCGGAAAAAAUGGAUGAAAAGGAUCAUCGAUUCCUCUGCUUGAAUUGCCAUCGCGUUAACGGGGGAAGUUGGGAAGGAGCGAAGGUUGAACACGAUGUAUCAAUGCACACACAUUCGUUGUCGAACGGGUCACCUAUCCCUAGCUGGCGCCUACUUGACUCGGCAGAAGCGAAUGCUGUCAAGGCUAGGGAAAGGACGAUUGCGUCUUCCGAGUUCGUUCACACACCUGCGUGGUAUUGCCAACACUGUGACAACGCAUCGGCAUCUACCUUACCGGAUUCGGAGACGCUGACAGGUAUCGGUGUCGACGACGGCUGGACAUAUGAUGGAGUGAUAGAGCAUAUUAUGGAGACGCACGAAAUCGCGGAACCGGUUCAUCGGAAAGAUUUCGUGUUCUUCUCAACCUCGCACGAACAGCUAGUGCUGAGGACACCGCUCGAACUGGUCGACUACGAAGUAGCUUCAGACGCUUGA